AUGGACGUGUCUCCAGCGUCGGCCAGCUCCACAACUCCGACCACUGCUGUUAAGAGUGAGCCCACGGCUUCUGCGGAGAAGGUGACCUCCACGAGCAAUAGCAGCAAGGUUGUUGUGGAUAGCAACACUGCAACCACCAUCACCACCACCAUCACUCCCACUAAGAUGGUGAAUGGCGAGGCAGCCGUCCGCUCACUGGCCACCAACCUCGAGUCAUCACUCAGUCUGAACAACAGUCCACCGAACAGCAGUUCAUUGGCCACCUCCAAUAGUGCUGCUGUGUACAAUGGCUGUACUGGCUGCCCCACUGCUGACUCCAUCACCAUUAUGGACCAUCAGCAGCAGAACCAUGCUGGCACCAGCAACAGUAUCAGUGAAAGUGAGACGGGCUCACUCUCAAUCACCCACGGGCUCUCGGGCUGUUCGGACUCUUCCAAGUUGCAGCUGAAUGCGCCCAAGUUUGGGACACCAGUGCCCAAUCGAGUCUUUGUGGGGGGAAUUCCGGUGGAUGCAACCGAGUACGAGGUACGCUGUCUAUUUGCUCAAUACGGAAAUAUUAGCUCGGUGAAGAUCAUCUCAGACCGGGCUGGCGUCUCACGAGGCUACGGUUUUGUCACCUACGACUCGGAGGAGGACGCCCAGAAGGUAAUCAAAGAGGCGGAGAACUUGAUCAUCAAACACCGACGUCUGAACGUCUCAACUGCUGUGAUGAAGCACAACAAUGGCUCUUUCGGUUUCGACCCUCGUAUGCUUUCCAAUGGUGGUCACUCCUUCAUGUACCCGCAGAUGCCCUUCAAUGCGGCGGCGGCGGCGGCUGCUGCAGCAGCGGCGGCCAACUACUCACAGUACUACGGGGGCGGAGACGGUGGCUACCACGGAGGAGGAGGCGCUGGAGGGGGAGGGAGUGUCUGUCCGGUGGAGGGCAUGCCACUGUACCAGCUGGCAGGCAUGAACGGCGGACACAGCUUCCAGCUGGCCAACUGUCCCUCCUCCUACAUGACGCCCUCCAGCUACCUCAACCAGACGGCAGCCGCGGCCGCUUCCGUCUACGGUGCUGGGCCUUACCAGGGUGCCCCGGUCGCCGGGUACCUCUAUCCCACUGCAAUGACCGCUCAGGGGCCGGGGACAGCGCCAGUUCAGCAGCAGACGUCGGCGACGAUGGCUGCGAUGGCUCCUUCGACGCAGCACCAAUCAAUGGCAGCGGCCGCCUACCACCACCAUCACUCGCAGCAACAACAGCAGCAGCAACAGCAGGCGGCAGCGGCAGCCGCCGUGGCUGCCGCCAAUCAGGCCCAUAUGCUCGCAGUGAACCUGAACCCCUCUAGCAGUCAGCAGUACAUUCAGUACUCCACCAGCGCCACAUCGCCGGCCAUCAGCAGUCAGCACCCGUCGGCGAUGCACAUGGCAGCGGCGGCGGCGGCCAGCAUGCCAAUGCACCCGCACCAACACCACUCUCAUCACCCCCAGUCACACCUCACUUCGAUGCAGCAGAUGAAUGCAGUGGCAGCGGAGAUGGCCGCUGCCAACUCCGGAGGUGGUGGUAGCGGAGGUGGUGUGGUCUCCCCUGGAGUGGGCGGACCGCAAAUGAACGCCGCCCUGCUCGCCCACCACGCCCACCCUGCUGCGGCGGCUGCAGCGGCGGCAGCAGCUGCGUACGCCAAUCAGCACGCCUACCAGCAGGCCAAUCUGGCGCACUCACUGAACGGUGGCCAGGCGCUGUGCGGCAUGCCGGGCAUGCACCUCACCAAGGCCGACGGCACUCCGCUGGAGAUGAUGGACCCCAGUGUUUCAAUGGGCAUGAUGAAUGCUGCCGCAGCAGCCGCCGCCGCCGCCGGGAUGAACGGCGCUGUGAUGAGCAACGCCUCCAUGCCCGGCUCAGUUCAUCUCAGCAGCAAUGGAUACGCAGUGCCGCAGAUGAUGGAGGUCAUCUGGCAGCCGAAUGCUUACUGCAGCACUGCUCCGGCACCACCACCAAUGGCCCAGGCGCAGGCACCUUCACAGGCACCUCCGCCGCUGCACCUUGCCAACACCCCAAACGGUGUCGUCUACGGAAACCCCUCCUCCUCUGUCCCCAGCUCUAAGCAGUUGUCUGGAGGCAUCAACCACAGCAAUAAUAAUACUACCACUAAUCGCUCAAUCUCCUCUCAAUCCUCGACCGGUGCCGCCCCUCUCCCUGGUAACUCCAACUCGUCAAACGGCAACUCCAGCAAUUCCUCAGCAAGCAAUAAUAAUAAUACUAGCAGCAGCAAUGCCCCUAACUAUAGCAAUGUCCCUAAGUCAGCGCACAACAGUUCUUCUUCCUCCUCCUCUUCCACUACGGCUGCAAACGGUCCGCAGAUGGCCAAUGGCUACUCUUCCUCCAGUUCUUCCACUCUGUCGCCGUCAAGUGGCGUCAGUUCCGCCAACACCGGUGGUGGUGGCAAUGGCGUGAACCCUUCUCCCAAUCAAAGCAAUACUACUAUUUCUAAUUCUACAAAUUCCACUUACAAAGAGAAGGCGCCCAACGGCCGCCACAACUCCUCUAGUUACGGUCCUAGUCACAAGAAGAUGUACAAUGGCACUGGCAAUACAGGUGGUGGUCACAACUAUGGCAAUACUAGCAAUACUACAACUACUGGCAAUGGAAAUGGUAACAACUUGACCAAGUCCUCGACCAAGGUGAUGAAUGGCAAUGGAGGGGGCACAGCUCGCAGCAGCUACCACAGCAACUCACUAACGGACAGCAGCUCCGCUGAGCCCAGUCCCACGGAGCCGCCCGCUCUGAAGCAUCAGCAGCAGCAUUUCAGUAAGCCAGCAACUGGCCCGUCGCAGUCAUCAGCGUCCUCGACGUCCUCCUCUGGCCGAGUCAGCGGCGGUGGUGGUGGCAAUGUGAACAGCGCCAGUGCCCAGGCACUGGUCACCAAGACUGUCAACGGUGUGCAGAUCUACGCAUUGGCCAGCAAUGAGGAGAUGGUCACCUCACCGCAGCCGCCCACUGCUGCAGCUGCAGUGGCCUACAAAGCCUGA